AAUUUAACUUGUUCGACUGAUAACUGUAUUUUGCAAUUUUCUUCGACUGAAUUAGUUGAUCGUGUAGUUAUUCGUGAAGAUUUACGCAGUUCAACUGGUGCCAGUAUUCGUCAAUGGUCAAUUGAUGGUUUUAUGAUGUGGGGUGAUUGUAUGAAUUGUUGGAUAGAAAUUCCAUCAGCUAAAGGACGAUCAGUUGGAAGUAAACGAAUUGUUUUGUUUGGUGAAGCUGUAUUAGUACAAGCUAUACGUCUGAAUAUUUAUAAGGCAGUAGGGGAUAGAUCGAGUUUAGCUCAGUUUGAUGCUUAUCUAUGUCAACAAUGA